CUCCUUCCGAUAUGACUCCGAAGAAGAGCCUCUGGAACUUCAUUUCUGAAAGUCAGCUCAUCCUCAAAGCACAUGCUCGUCACUUCCAUAUUCUAUCUCUCAUCUUCCUCUAUCCCCUCUCGCUCUCCCUCCUCCUCUCUCCCACCAUCUCUAACCUUUUCGACUACUUCUGCACCCAAAACUCUCCCAGCCUUCUUCCACCACAAACAAUCAACCCCAUCUUUCUCCUCUAUUCUCUUUUCCUUUUGGUUUCCUCCAACUGUGGAAUCAUCACCAUCAUCUAUAGCGUUUUCCACUUCUCCCAUGACGAACCCGUGAACCUCCUAUCCGCCAUAAAGUCCAUUUCCACUUCCUUCCUACCCCUCCUCGCCACCAGCAUCGUUUCCCAACUCAUCUUCUUCUUCAUCUCUUUUUUCUACGGUCUUCUCUUGAUUCUUCUCAUUCACGGGGCCAAGCUUUUCCAUCUAACGCUUCUUCCACACUCCUCACCCUUCAUCAUAGGAUUCUUAAUUGUUCUUCCUAUAAUAGUCGUGCAGACGUAUUUGGAAGUUAACUGGAUCCUAGCGAGUGUUAUUGUGGUGGUGGAAUCGUGUUGGGGUAUAAAGCCCCUGAGAAGAAGUGCGAAAUUGAUUAAGGGAAUGAAAGGAGUGGCCCUAUCUUGUAUCUUCUUCUAUGGAUUCUUGGGGUUGAUCGUGAUUUGGAACUUGCUUUAUUUGACGAGGGGUCAUGAUGGAUUUACAGAAAGUUGGUUUGCUGCGGGGUUGAAAUGGGCGCUGAUUCUGUUAUUUUGUUACACCCAGGCUAUUGUUAUGCUUGCUAAGAUUGCUGUUACUACAGUGUUGUACAUAUACUGCAAGGCAAAUAACGUUGAGAUUGUAGAGGAGUUUGGAAAGGAAUAUGUUAGCUUGCCCUUCCAUGAUGAUGGGAAAGUCUCGCAGGUUGUUUGAGUUAUGUGUCUGCUGUGAAAGUGAAAAAUCUAAAUCUCUCUGUAAUGGAUGCCAAUGGGGAUGGUUUUCUCUUAACCCUGAAUAAAUUUAGUUUUGCUCAUAAAGUUUGACAGGAUCAAAUUUUAUCUUUUGUAAUCUGGUAAAAACUAUGAUGGGAAGUGGGUAGUACGAGGAUUUGUGUUUGGUUAUCAGAUCUAUA